AUGUCGACAGGAGUCGCCACCGACACGGCACCGCAAGCCAUGAAGGCGGUGUCGUCCCAUCCCCUUGCACCACUUUCGGCUUCGGAGAUCACGGCUGCAGCAUCGAUAAUCAGAGCCUCAUGGCCGGCUCACACGGAUUUGCACUUCAAGGUCGUUACUUUGCAGGAACCUCCCAAAGCUCAAGUCCUGCGCUACCUGGAAGCGGAGCACGCUGGAGAGUCACGACCACAUCUGGCGAGGAAAGCUUUCCUCAAUUAUUACAUUAGAAACACCAACAAAUUCCACGAAGCGGUCGUAGAUUUGACGUCAAGGCGUGUCGAACACAAUGUACUACUGGGUCCAUUCAUUCAUGCCAAUGGUGACGGAGACGAGAUCGUGGCUAUUGAAAAGAUUGUUCUAGCCGAUGAGAACGUCCAGGCCGAGAUUGCCAAGUUGCAGCUCCCAGAAGGCACUGUUGUGAUCAGCGACCCUUGGAUAUACGGAUCCGAUGGCGUGAAUGACGAGGACAGACUAUACCAGUGUUUCUUGUACUUGCGGGACCCCAACAACGCGGCCGAAGCUGACUCGAAUCACUACGCCAUGCCAAUUCCAAUCUCACCGGUGCUCAGUACUGAAUCCAUGAAGGUGAUUCGGAUCGAUAUCAUGCCCACCGGAGCCGACAACACAAUCAAGCCAGUCGAGAAGUACAAGGUGCAGCCACCGAACGAAUACAUUCCGGAAGCGCAGGCUCUCCGAACGGACUUGAAGCCACUGAACGUAGUACAACCCGAGGGAGCCAGCUUCAAAGUACAGCAAGAAGGUACUUCGAGUGUCUUAUCGUGGCAGAAAUGGAACUUCAGGGUCGGCUUCAACCAGCGUGAGGGUAUGGUGUUGUAUGAUGUGCGAUACGACAGCCGCCCUCUCUUUUACCGACUGAGUCUGAGCGACAUGAACAUUCCGUACGCCGAUCCGCGUCAUCCUUUCCACAAGAAGAGAAAGUAG